GGGGUGCGGCGGGCCGUGCGCGCCUGCGCCAGCCUGCGCAGUCGCAGCAGUGCCCGUCGGGCGAAGCCGGCGGGUGCCAGCGAGCAGUGUGGCAUUGCGUUGAGAUCGCUCGCACCAACUGAUAACGGAGUGACCUUUUAUCUCUCUGAUCGCGUUCGGAUGUGACAUCUGCGUACAUCGAGCAAGGGCGAUGGCCGAAUGCUGACCGGAAUGAACUCGCUAAGCACCAACCACGCUUUUUGCUUGGAGCGGGAUGAAGACUCUGGUGACCUGGAUGUGAACUUGAAUGGACCCGUUCGGGUUAAGAGUCGCUGGAGCUAUGCACAGCUACAUGUUCAAUCCAUGGGCAUUGACCUGACCAGCCAGCCUAUGCUUGAGCAGCCAGAUGGUGACAACAACUUGCUUUCAGAGAAGGAGGUGGAUGAGGCAGAACAACAGGACCUGCCUGAGGGCUGGGAGCGCCACCUAGAUGACGAUGGGCCCUACUAUUGGCACAUCCGCACUGGGACCAUCCAACGUGAGCGACCACGAGAAGGUACCAGUCGCUCUCUCCCAACACCCGAAAGCCGGCCACUGCUCCCACAGCCACCCGAGCCACCGGCUGCUCAGCCACAGGAGGACUGUAUAGCUGGUGGCAGCAUCAGUGGGGAGGCAAUGCGCUUUGCCGUGCGUUCUCUAGGCUGGUCGGAGAUUCCUGAGAGUGAGCUGACACCAGAGCGGUCAAGCCGGGCACUGAAUCGCUGCAUUGUGGACCUGUCGCUUGGCCGAGGGCUUGACGGCGUGGGUCGAUGGGGCGAAGGGCGAUCCCUGUUGCUUGAGCUGGACGGUUUCCAACUGCGCCUGCUGCGGCCCCAGGAUGGCACAGUGCUUCACUGUCAGCCACUGCAUGCCAUUCGUGUUUGGGGCGUUGGCAGGGACAAUGGCCGGGAGCGGGACUUCGCAUAUGUAGCACGUGACAGCGGCACAAGGCGCUUCAUGUGCCAUGUCUUCCGUUGCGACAUGCCAGCACGCAUUAUUGCCAAUGCCCUGCGAGACGUCUGCAAGAAGAUGGUGCUGGAGCGAAGCCUCUCCGAUCCAUCUGGUGACAAGCGGGCAGCACCUGCGGAGCCUCCAGCUCGACGUGUAGGCUCUGCCCUGGACCGCCUUGCCAGCCUCUCAAUGGAGGAGGGUGUGGAAGGGGGCCUGCUGCGGCCCAUGGAGGAGCCGCGCAAGGUGCUGCGGGCCCUGUACCUGGGCAGCAUGCCUGUGGCGGCAGCCGCUGGCAUCGACCUGCUCAACGGGGCCAUUGACACCCUGCUCGACCGCGUACCUCGCGCACAUUGGCUGCCCGUACAGGUGGCAGUGGCCCCUUCGACAGUGACGGUGACACUGGAUCCGGCGGGCGGCGGGCGUGGCCAGGUGCUGGCUGAGUGCCGUGUUCGGUUCCUCUCGUUCCUUGGCAUUGGCAAGGAAGUCACGAAUUGUGGCUUCAUCAUGCACACAGCCCAGGACCAAUUUGAGGCGCACGUGCUUCAUUGCGAUCCAUCUGCGGGUGCGCUCUGCAAGACCAUUGAGGCUGCAUGCAAACUGCGCUACCAGAAGUGCCUCGAUGCGCACCGACAAGCCAACAACUCUCCGCCUCCGCAGCAGCAGCCCACUAAGGCGCUGUCAUCACUCAAGGGAGUCCUGGGCAGCAUUGUGGGCCGGGCCAUGGGUGUCGUGCAACAAGUCUCCUGAAGCCUGGCUGUACCGGAGACCACUUUCGUUUAGCUCUCAGUUGAGCUUUCACUGUUUGUUUUUGACCCAGUGCCUGAGCAGGCAUGCCUCCUAGUACAUGUGUGCUUGCUUUGGUGUGACAAGGUCUCUGUCGCUGGUCGAGGCUGCUGAGUUGGCUAUUUGUAAAGCCAGCUGUUUGGAAUUCUUUAAUGUGGCAUCAGAGAUAAAGCAGCUAGACACACUACAGCUGCUGUGUCACGCUUCGUGCAGCUGCCAUGGCGAGAUGGUGUUGGCGAGAAGGUGGGAGUUAACCAGGGCAGAAGGCAAUAGAGAUAUUGCACAGCUGGCAUAUACUGUGGUGUCUCUCGUAGUUUUAGAUGCUUUAUCAGAUGUUCAGCUCUCAACGUGCACCACCUUGCCCCCGACGUGUGGCUGUACAAUGGCACACGAUACAAAACACAAGCAUUCCAGAUUAUUUGGCUCUCACAUCAAGGCCAGACAGCCAUGGAAAUCUAGAAUAGAAGCUAAUGCGCUGCCUGAACAUCCAUAGCUGCGGGGUGCCGCAGCUUUUAGUGAGGGCUACAUGUCAGGCGCGGGCUUAUUGUCUGUUCUCCUUCUUAACAAAGCAUCGACAUGUGUGACACUGCAGAUAUGUGAUUUAGACCUUUAUGUUUUUUUUCUCAUGUCUUGGUGCCAUUGGGACCAGCUAACUGUUAGCGUGCUUCCUGGCAGUAAGCAAUACUGUACCCUGUCUCUCAACUUCCACGCAGUACUGUGGAAACUGUUGAGUGUGAUUUGGUACCCUUGCUCCCCCUUAUUUUUUGCUUUUUUUUUCCUGUGUGUUAAAGUUGUUUUGCAUUCAAAACUCGUGUUGGGUGUUACCUGUGCAGUGUAUGGUAAGCUGCCUGUCGCUAUACCACCAUUGCUACACAUAUGUGAGAUAGAAAAGCCAUGUACGGCUGAACUUCCACAUGGAGCAGCUGGAUGUCGCAUGAGCUUUGGGAUGCCAACUUAACCUACUCUUCGACCACACAGCUGUUAAAUCGCACAGCCCACUUCAUGGUGUAUGACCAAUCUUCAAACAGCAAAACCUUUGGGCAGGCAGAUGAAUAUCUCGGAAGUGUGCAAACAGCAUCUGUGCUUGCAACACUCGGAACACAAUUACAUUACAUAAGUGUCAUUUCUUAGAGUGGUAGCCUUUGUAUAUCCAAGUUGAAAUGGUCUGUAAAGCAUGUGUCCCAUCUCUUGAUUGAACCAGCUGUAAGCACCAUUUCUACAGCACCGCAAGGGUCUGCUGAGGCAAAGUAUAGCCUUGUGUGUUCAAUGACCAUUGUGUCCUUGGUUUGACUAAACUCACCGACUUGGUAAUACUGUGCAUGCCUGUUACACAGUGCUGUUUGAUGAUAUGAAUGCUAAAGGGACGCUAAAGGCAGAAAUAAAGACAAGCUGAAUUGGUGAAGUAACAUUCCGAAAUAACAAAUGCACCACUGUUGCUAAGAACAGAGGUCCAUUAAUUGAAAAAAAAAAAAAACGUAAAUGUGACAAGCAGUGCAGCCAUAUUGGAAAUGUAGAACCAACUCCCAGUGACGUAUCCGGUCCAGGUAGCAAGUUGUUGAAACCCGUUGACAAUUGUAAAAUAAUAAGCGAAUUAUGUUGCAUUUCAAAAUGAAAAAAUAUGUAACUUGCCCGGUGAUGUACCUUGACCUGGUAGCAAUAGUCACAUGUAGUCAACAGUUGUAAAAGAAAGUGCAAAGAAAAUGUAACAUGCCAACUGUUAUUGAAGUGUCUAACAGGGGAUCUCUCUGAUGCAGCCUCUUCAGCGUCAGAGAGAUUGGCAGCACAGAGCGGGAUUUCUGCACUUCUCUAACAAUGUAGUGGCCACAACUGAUACGCAAUUAACCUCCAACUGCAUCCGUGAGUGAUUAAAAUUAACAUAGACAUGUGUUGCCUUUAUUUGCAUUUUUCUCCACAACAAAGUUGUGUCUAGGCACAGUACAAAUGUUGAGUGCUAGAAGUACUUAGUUUGGGGCUACUUGAUUGGCAUGCUUUGUCCUUUGGUAUCAUGUUUCAGUCAAUGAAAGGUCGAGUAAUUUUCUGAGCAUGACUUACCACUCCAGCUUGACUUAAUGUUUGCCUUUACUAUCACUUUAGAGGAUUUUCAUACAUUAAAUAUGCCAGCCUUACUUUGCACUAAAGUUACUGAUAAGCUGUUGCUUAGUUUGUAAAAAACGUCUCUAAGCUCGACACCAUCGUGGCGAGAAAUCGUCUUAUGAUGCAUUACGCAAGUGUCUUCGUUGUCAGUUUGUUUAAGUGAUUGUUGCUGAUGAUGCACUGUACUCAUUGCAUGUACCACGAGGAUCUUGUACCAUGUCGUUUACGUUCAGAAAUACUGCGUCCGCUCCCAGCAGUCUCCUUGUUUGCUCACUAGGGGCUGGAGCUUGUGUGUGUUUGCUUGAGCAAAUGUGUCUGCACGGUAGCUAACCCACUGCAGACAAACAAGAAUCUAUUUAUUCCUAGGUCACAAAUUGGUGUACCUAAGUGACACUUCUUUAGAAGUCUAACUUUUAUUUUACGAGUUUUUUUUUAAAUUUAUUCUUUUGUCAGUUCAAAAAAGUCCUUGUUGUCUGGCAAAAAGAAGAGAGUGAGAGAGAGAGAAGGAAAUAAAAGUUUCUUUACAAGUGUA